GAGACCCUGACCACCAGGUACACGGUCUUGCGUAGGGGAUUGAUUAGGACGGAUCGGCCGAGAACGUUGUACAUAGACAGCAGUCGAUAUGUAUGUUGACACGCAUGCCUUUUUUUUGUGGUCAUUUUAGCCAUCGUAUUCAACACCUCAUGACGUCCACGGACGAUCGCCAUUGUUUUAGGUAAAAACCCAUGAGGUAUCCACCCCCAAGAGCGGGUCAACCUGCUGUUGACGUACACCGGUAACUUAUGGUGUUGUUGCUGACGCCGACGCCGAUCAUACUGCUGUAGUUGCUUCGAAACCUUCACCUAUUGGUGGAAGACGUAGAAAACGCGCAGAAGAAUUCCACAGGAGUGCAUAGCCAAACAAUAUUACACGACAGAAAAAAAUAACACUGCAGAAGCAACGCUAAAAUACAGGCCGGGAUCAGGCCGACAGUACUAAGCUUCCCACGAGAGGUGCAUUCCCCGUUCGGUAUGUUGUUUUCCUUCGUGAGAAAAAUCGUGGACGACCAGCAAGUGUCUCACGUCGACCCGAACAUCAUCCAGCAACCAAACAUCUCCGCGGAGAAGCUUUCCAGGAUGUGGGCUACGGCAAAGGCGAAGUGGAACCAGCCUUAUGCCAACUGGAAGAGUGAAUCCGGCAACAACCAGCCAUGGCUUUCAUUUUGUCAAGGUAAGGGAUGGGUGGAGUGGGGCUGGGUACAAAAUAGCGUCUGUUUGCUCGAGGAACCUUGGGCGAUUUUGUGGUCGUGGCAUAAAUUCCGCCCAUCCUCCUUCACAGCGUGCAAGUGCUGCUACGGUCGGAGUUUUGAUGUUAUACUUGGAGUUCUCGACAGUGUUGUAAACCGUGCUCCAGGAAUGACGUUGGCAUUGAGGCCUGAUGGUGUAUUUUGAAGCACGACCAAAGACCAUACCAAUUGAUC